CGUUCGCUUGUGCGUCGUACAACUUAUUGCCUCACAUCGACGUUUCUGCCAUGUCUUGUCAAAUCUGAUGGACAGACUGUGGACCCCUACAUUAAUGGAGGCAGAGGAGCAAUUAGCAGCUGUUGACACUGGGCUCUAGUGCCUUUUCACUACAGGCCUGAGCUUUGUGUGUGCACAAGAAUUAUGGACGCAACACAAAGCUGGACAGCCAUCAAGGAAGCCAGUGUUAAAAAUAAUCCUAAAGAGCUGACCUGUGUCAGAGUCGUUGACGUCAUUGCCCUUUAAAGACAUGAUGCUACCAGAGAACAUGAACAGUGUACAGGUGCAGAGAUGGAAAGCACCACAUCUCCCACACUGACAAUCUUGAUGGUUCUCUUCCUAAGCUGGGCUUGUUGUGCUGAGGAGGAAGCAGAGGCUCUCUCCUGCCCAGAGUACCAAGAAGGUUUUGAUGGCUCUUGUUACGAGUUUGUGGCUCUGGAGCGAUCCUUCCUCAGUGCCCAGGGAUGGUGUGAGCAAGGCGGAGGACACUUGGCCUUCGUUUUGAACGAUGAAAUUCAGCAGUUCUUUCAGAAGCACCUGGAGCCGGAGAAGGACUGGUGGCUCGGGCUGGCACCAGCAGCUCCCAACCUCACGCUUGACUCUGCUGCUACAGAGGGUUCCCUUGCAUGGCUGGAUGGCUCAGAUGUCAGUUACAGUAACUGGGUGAACCUGCCAGAUGCACAAGCAGCCUGUGGACAUAUCCUGAGACAUUCAGGCUUCCAGUGGGAAGCCACAUGGAACUGUACCCAAGAACUCAACUUCAUUUGCCAGUUUGAUUCUGGGAGAACUAUUGCAUGUGAUGGCCAAAAUGCAACACUGCAAUGUGGUUCUGGUCAAGUUAUAGAGAUAGAUGACAGCUUCUAUGGUCGAAAAACAAUUCACUACUGUCAAUCUAAACUUACAGCAUUACACACAUCCUCCCAGGAUGAGUGCAGCUGGAUAGAUGUAAUGGAUUCUGUAACAGCCCACUGUCAUGGACUGCAGGCUUGUCAGGCUCCGGUGGAUUUGAGCUCUUUUGGUGAACCAUGUCCUGUGCUGGGAAGUUAUUUGUCUGUAGAAUACCACUGCAAACACGGACUCCACCUGUUGAUGAGCAAGCUGGCAGCUGUCUUUGAUAAUGUCACCAUCACUGUGAAGUGGCUCCUCCAUCCUUUUAAGGGAAACCUCACAUGCACGCUGAAUGCUGGAGAUGGCCACACCAUUGAUCCAUACAGCCCCACAGAGACGGAGAGCAUUGUGAUGCACAAAUUCAGCCAUCCUGGUGUUUUUAUGGUUGGAGUGGAGUGCACUACCAGUGACUGGCAUGUCACAGCUCAGAAAGCUAUAACCAUUCAGGAGCCUGUUGCAGAGUUUGGUGUCAUUAAGUGCUAUAGCGGAAAUAUGUCAACAGAUGGCAGUGAAUGCAACGUUCUGCAUGGUAGGCCUGUUCUGAUCCAAGUUAUGGUAGAGUCAGGUACAAAUGUUUCCUACAAAAUUCAACAUGAAGACCAUCUGCUUGCAAACUCCUCUGUAGACAAAGGGAUCACACCCCACAACAUUACGCUAAGUGUAAGUGUGAUGGAGAAGCUUGGACAUGGCUGCCACAACUUGACUCUAACUGCCUCUAACAGGGUCACAGACCACACAGUGUCCACUGGUCUGGAGCUGUGUCUGCUGGAGCCUGUCGAGGGUCUGCAGGCAUCGCUGAUAACAGGUGAAGACGAUUGUCCAAACUCUUCUGAUAUGAUCAUUGGCGUUUCACUGGAGCAAGGAGCCCCUGUAGAGCUGCUCUUCACUCUGACUGGAGCCUGGCACACUCUCUUCGAGACCAGAGAUAUGCUCAAUGGUAGCUUACAAGCUUAUACAUUCUCCAGUCCACUUGAAGGAUUGGUGAAGGUGAAGGUACGUGCCACGAAUGACUUCUCUGCCUCUGAUGUGGACGUGGACUUACAGAACAUCCUUCAGGCUUGCCAGAAUCACUCUGACCCUUCACUAGAUGAAUAUGGAGGCGCAACAGGAAAUGUGAGUGUCGACAACUCCACAGACCUGAAAAUAAUUGCUACUCCAGACACUUUGGCUGACUACACCCAGAAUGUCACACUGAGCGUUACUGGAUACGAAUCAUUACCGAGCAAAGGACUCAUAUUUGAAUGGAAAUGUAGAGGAAACUGCAAAUGCAAAAACAAAACAAAGGAUGAAACUCACAUUAUUGAAAGAGAUUGCCUUCCAGAUCCUUUUGAUGUUUUCACUUACGCUGUGAUUGUGAGGAGAACAACCUGGUUUAGAAAAUGGGUUAAACUUGCCUCAGCCUCAAAGUGCAUCACUGUUGCUCCAAAAGAAUUCACAGACGUCACCAUCAGUUGUGAUGAUUGUGUUUCGAUAAAUGCGAACAACCAUGUAAAGCUGAGACUAAGCUGUUUGACAACUUGCCCAGAUGUUGUUUGGUAUAUUGAGGACCCCCAACCUUUGACGGGUGACCUCAGGAGAUGUGACUCCAGAGCAGGAAGAAGGCCUCCUAUUGAGAAGCAAGAUGGCAAUACUGAAUAUGUUAUACAUAGCCAACAUCUGAAAGUUUCAAGGGACACAUUGAACAACAUCACUGUGAUUGCUUAUGGAAAGGACAAGCCAGGGUUUGCCAAGUACACUCUUCCAAUACCUGGUCCUGAGCCAACUCAACCACCUGCAACUGACGCACCUACAGAGCCCAGCCCCCCAUCUUGCAGCAUCUCUCCACCGUCAGGAACAGUUCUCGAUGCUUUUGACAUUACCUGCAAAGCAAGUUCUUUCUGCUCUAAAGGCUGUUCAUAUUGCUUCAAAACAGACACAGGCAAACAUCUGCGCUGCAGUAAUGUGCACGAGGUGAAAUCUGUCUUCUUGCCUCUCGGAGAUGAGAACAACGAUUACAGUUUGUCUGUUGUGGUGACUGUGAAAAAUGAAUAUGAGAAAGCCACCGCAACUGUGUCCGCUCAGGUGCGGAAAAGCAGUUCCAGCACUUCUGUGGAGGCUCUCCAAUCUGCAGUGGAGGAUACUGUGAGUCAGUUAGAGCAACAGGGUCUGCUGUCGGGUGAGGCUCUCGGACAAAUAUUUGCUUCAGUUUCCGAUAUGCUGAAUGCAGAGGCUGGCCAGGAUCAGAAGGAUGCAAGGAUGAAGCUCAGAGAGCAAAUGUUGACCAAAAUGACCACAGUCCUGCUGGACUCACCUAGCAACUCAACUCAGGAAGUGCAAGUGACCGCCAGAGCUGUGGCUGAACUCACCCAGCGCCCAGACGAGCUCAGUCCCGCCGCUCAAGAAGAAGCUGGCUCAUUGUUGGUAGACCUCAGCUCCUCUCUCAGCACUGUCAGGGUUAAUCAGGACAGCGGCGAUGACGGAGAAGUUAUGCAAGCAGCUACACCAAUAGUUGAAGCAGCCAGUAACAUUUUGAAUGUUUCAUCAAAUAAAAAAGUCUCAGAUUUUCUUCUCACUGGGAUAAACAAUGUUCAAAGUGCUUUGCUAAAUAAUAAAAAGCCGAAUGGAGGCCCUGCCAUCAUUGAUUCUGGUCACAUCAGCGUGUAUGUCAACAGAGUGUCUCCAGAAAAGAUGCAAAUGCAGGACAUAAAUGUCCAGAAGAACAGCUCCUCCAGAUUUUCCCUACCAACACUGCCUUCUCAUAUUGUCUCUCCAGAGGAGCCGGUGGACGUCAGAAUGAUGAGUUUUGAGACAAAUCCAUAUUCUUGGAAGAAGGAAAACAUCACAGGAACCGUAGGAUCUCUCUCUCUCACCAAAAUGGAUGGCACUGUUGUUCCUGUAGAGAACUUACCUGAAGAAAUAGAGAUUCUCUUACCAAGACUUGACGUUGGCCAGGAGAACAGCACAGUCCUGGACCUUGCCAAUUUCAGCACAUUAAUAAUUGACGUUCCCUCGCCAGAUGUCACGCUGGUGCUGAAAAUGGAGCCAUCUGAAGACAUUUCCUUCAUGCUAUUCCUGGGAUGUAAAGAUUACCCAAAUGAUGAGAAUUAUGUGGCCAAGACUAAGAUCCCGCUAGAGAAUUCCACAGAAGAAGAAAAAUACACCUGGGUUCUGAGUCCCAAAGACAGAACAGGAGAUACUGGAGUGCACUACCUUGUUAUGAAGCCUAUUGUCGAGCCAGGUGUCAAAUCCAUCAAUACCACUGUCACUGUCAUUUCCAUCGCUGCUCAGUGCAAAUAUUGGAAUGAAACCGAGUCUUCUUGGAGUGAAGACGGCUGCAGGGUCGGUCCACUGACCACGCCUUUGGUCACUCAGUGCCUAUGCAACCACUUAACUUUCUUUGGCAGCUCUUUCUUUGUCAUGCCGAACUUGGUGGAUGUGUCACGCACCGCAGAACUUUUUGCCACUUUCGCUAACAAUCCUGUGGUUGUGUGUUUUGUGGGGGCCAUCUUUGCUGCUUAUCUCCUGGUAAUUGUGUGGGCAUGGAGGAAAGACAUCCAGGAUUCAGCCAAGGUGAAGAUAACAGUGCUUGAGGAUAAUGACCCCUUGGCUGAGUAUCGUUACAUGCUGAAUUUCAGCACAGGGCAUCGGCAUGGUGCAGGCACCUCUUCUCAGGUGACGAUAACUCUGUUGGGUACAGAAGGAGAAAGUGACCCCCACCACCUCACAGACCCUGAGAAGCCAGUGUUUGAGAGGGGUGGGGUGGACAUGUUUCUUCUUACAACACAUUUUUCCCUAGGAGAUCUGCAGAGCAUCAGGCUGUGGCACGACAACUCAGGAGUACACCCUGCAUGGUACGUCAACAAAGUUAUAGUGCAAGAUCUGGAGAGUGGUCAGAAAUGGCACUUCCUGUGUAACUCCUGGCUGGCUGUGGAUGUGGGAGAGUGCACUCUUGACAAGGUCUUCCCAGUUGCCACAGAGAUGGAUUUGAAGAGGUUUAGUAACCUGUUCUUCAUGAAGACGGCCAAAGAUUUCCGUGAUGGCCACAUCUGGUUCUCUGUCAUUAGUCGGCCUCCCUGCAGCACUUUCACACGCGUGCAGCGAGUGUCCUGCUGUUUUUCCCUGCUGCUGUGCACCAUGCUAACCAGCAUCAUGUUUUGGGGCAUCCCUACUGACCCCUCUGAGCAGACCAUGGACCUGGGUCACAUCGAGUUCACCUGGCAACAAGUUAUGAUUGGAGUUCAAAGUUCAAUCAUCAUGUUUCCCAUCAAUCUUCUUAUUGUGAGUAUCUUCAGAAAUACUCGUCCUCGAGAGAAGGCCACCAAAACGGAUGCGUCUAAACAGGGGAAGACUGUCCGGGUUUCUCCCUCACAGACUUCUUCUCCUCAGAAAGAGCUGAAGGACAUCACACCAGACACUGUGAUCAAGGACAUAAAGAGAAUUGCUCAGUCACUGUCUAAGGCCAUGAAGAGUCCACUGCCUGACCUGGAGCUCCGGCCUGGUCAGCAGGCAGACAUCAACACUCUGCUGUCUCUGGUGGAGGAUAUCAUCAGGCGGCAGAAUCGUGUGGUACAAGACUUCUACACUGACAGCUCAAAGGGCGACCGCUCUGUGAUCCUCAGUUUACAUGCAGUUAAUCUACAAGAGAACAGUGUGUGGGGGAGCCCUGAGAAGACCUCAGAUGAAGUUCAGAAGAAGAGCAACAACAGCAGGUACCUGUACAGGCAGCUGCGUCAUGUCGAGAAGGAGCUGCGUUUGUUGGGACCAUCUCGUUUUCCUAACCCAGACAGCUACAACCGAGCCAUGCAGCAGGUUCAGGGGAUGAAAGGUCUCCUGGAGUACCACCUCCCCUCGUCCAGCCUGGAAGCAGCCCAGCUCGAUGGCAGCCCCAGUCCAGAAGAGAGCAUCAACGGAGACCCUGCCCGGAAGUGUUGUCAAGGAGGGCUGCCAUGGUGGUUUGUGUUUGUUGGCUGGACUCUGGUGAUUGCAACAAGUGGUGUGUCGGGAUAUUUCACCAUGAUGUAUGGUCUGACAUAUGGGAAAGACCGUUCUAUAAGCUGGCUGAUCUCCAUGGUGGUCUCCUUCUUCGAGAGUCUCUUUAUUACCCAACCCGUGAAGGUGCUUGGUUUUGCUGCUUUCUUUGCUCUUGUUCUGAAGAAAGUUGACCAGGAGGAGUAUGGAGAACCUCAGAUAGACGAGACUCUGAGAAACUCAGAUGAUCCAGACACAAUGCGUGCAGCAAGAAGAGACAGCACAUGCAGUUUCUAUCAGCCACCACCUCCUACUGACAUCGAGAGGAUGAGGAACAACAUGAUUAAAGAGCAGAAAGUCUUUGCCCUCAUAAGGGAGAUACUUGCCUACAUGGGAUUCAUGUGGAUGUUGCUCCUGGUCGCGUAUGGUCAGAGGGACCCCAAUGCUUUCUUUCUGACCCAACACAUCCGACAGAGCUUCAGCAAAGACAUCUCAGACAGUAUGAGCAUUCAGGAUGUGUUCAACUGGGCAAACACAACUCUGCUGAGCAACCUGUUUGGAGAGUAUCCAGGAUUCAUCACAGAUGGAAACUCCAAGCUGGUGGGUAACGCUCGUCUUCGCCAGGUGAGGGUGCAUAAAAACUCCUGCCAUGUGGCUCUCCCCAUGAAGCAGUCUGAGCAACACUGUCACGCUCUAUACUCAUGGGAUCUGGAGGACACGGGCUCCUACGGUCCAGGCUGGAGCCACUUUGUGGGUGAUAAUGCCUCAGUGAACCUUCACAGCCCAUGGACGCACCAGUCCCAGGGUACACUGAGAGCCUACCCGGUCUGGGGUAGCGUCAUGCUCUACAGGGGAGGAGGGUUUGUGGUGGAUCUGGGGCCAGAUUUACAAAAUGCCAGCAGAGUCCUUCAGUACCUUUAUGACAACACCUGGUUUGAUGUGUACACCCAGGCGAUUUUUGCGGAGUUCACUGUGUACAAUGCCAACGUCAACCUCUUCUGCAUUGUCACUCUCAUGCUUGAGACCACAGCCAUAGGAGCUUUCCAGUUCCGCAGUGAGCUUCAGAGCGUGCGUCUUUACCAGUCGACUGGUGGCCUUCACAUCUUUGUCAUGGCCUCUGAAGCCAUCUACUUUCUCUUCAUCAUCUAUUACAUGUUUGUCCAGGGGAAGCUUAUGAAGCAGCAGAGAUGGGCUUAUUUCAAGGAGAAGUGGAACUUGCUGGAGCUGGCAAUUAUCAUUCUCAGCUGGAGCGCACUUUCUGUCUUUGUCAAGAGAACUUUACUGGGAAAGCGGGACAUUGAGUACUACCAGAACAACAAAGAACAAUACGCCAGUUUCCAUGAGACAGCCAAGGCUGAUGCGGUGCUGGGGUAUCUGAUUGCCUUCCUUGUGCUUUUGGCUACAAUCAAACUGUGGCACCUGCUGAGACUGAACCCAAAGCUACACAUGAUCACAGCCACGCUGCAGCGAGCCUGGACUGAUAUUUCAGGCUUCCUGGUGGUCAUGACCAUCAUGUUCCUGGCCUACUCUAUUGCUUCUAAUCUGAUGUAUGGGUGGAAGCUUUAUUCCUAUCGGACUCUGCUGGAUGCUGCACAGACCAUUAUCAGCCUCCAGCUUGGUAUUUUUAACUAUGAAGAGGUUCUGAACUACAAUCCAGUGCUUGGUGCUUUCCUCAUUGGCUCUUGCAUUGUGUUCAUGACCUUUGUGGUGCUGAACCUCUUCAUCUCUGUGAUUUUGGUGGCUUUCAGUCAAGAGCAGAUACAUCACACGCCAUCAGAAGAGGAUGAGAUUGUGGACCUGAUGCUGAUGAAACUCUGCAGUUUGUUUGGACUCAAAUGUAAGAAACAACAACCUGAGAGGACAGUUGUUUCAUCUGCUUCAAAUAAUGGACCCUCAACGAUUUCUUCUGGGAACGUACAUGACGGUUGAAAUGUUCCCACUGAAUUCUUUGCUUCUGUUAUUUCUUGCCAUAGCUUGCUUCAUUUAGCCAAACCAACAUGUUGUUGCUUUGCGACUGAGUAUUAAGCCUUUAAGCAUAUCUAUAAAUUAUUAGCAUUUCAUUCUGCUGUAAACCAGAAGAAGCUGAAAGUAAAGUUCAGUAAAUAAAUGUGUGUUUCUGCAACUAAGUGACUUGUACAAAGUGUUUUCAUCCCAUAAAAUAAUUAAUCGUUGAUACUAGUGAAACACUGUACUUACAUAAAUCUGACAAAAACAAACUUUUCAUCAGCUGUCAUCUUAAAUUUGUCAGCCAUGUGCAGUCGUAGACAGAAACAUAUUCAGCAACAUGUUACAGGAAUGUAUAUCAUCAUGUUUGUCACAAGUAAGUAUUAAGAAGUAGCCAAAUAACAUUGUUUCAGUGGUAAUAAAAGAGUUGCUUAUUAUGAAAC